AUGCCGAACUUCUGCGCUGCCCCCAACUGCACGCGGAAGAGCACGCAGUCCGCUGCCUUCUUCAGGUUCCCGCGGGAUCCGGCCAGAUGCCAGAAGUGGGUGGAAAAUUGUAGGAGAGCAGACUUAGAAGAUAAAACACCUGAUCAACUCAAUAAACAUUUUCGAUUAUGUGCCAAACACUUUGAGACUUCUAUGAUCUGUAGAACUAGUCCUUAUAGGACAGUUCUUCGAGAUAAUGCAAUACCAACAAUAUUUGAUCUUACCAGUCAUUUGAACAAUCCACAUAGUAGACACAGAAAACGAAUAAAAGAAUUGAGUGAAGAUGAAAUCAGGACACUGAAACAGAAAAAAAUUGAUGAAACUUCUGAACAGGAACAAAAACAUAAAGAAAACAACAACAGUAAUGCUCAGAACCCCAGUGCAGAAGAAGGGGGUGAAGAACACGAUGAAGAUAUCUUACCUCUAACCCUUGAAGAGAAGGAAAACAAAGAAUACUUAAAAUCUCUGUUUGAAAUUUUGAUUCUUAUGGGAAAACAAAACAUACCUCUGGAUGGACAUGAGGCUGAUGAAAUCCCAGAAGGUCUCUUUACUCCUGAUAACUUUCAAGCAUCGCUGGAGUGCCGGAUAAAUUCUGGUGAAGAGGUCCUGAGAAAGCGCUUUGAGACAACAGCAGUUAACACGUUGUUCUGUUCGAAAACACAGCAGAAACAGAUGCUGGAGAUCUGUGAGAGCUGUAUUCGGGAAGAAACUCUCAGGGAAGUAAGAGACUCACACUUCUUUUCUAUUAUCACUGAUGAUGUAGUGGACAUAGCAGGAGAGGAGCACCUACCUGUGUUGGUGAGGUUUGUCGAUGAAUCUCAUAAUCUGAGAGAGGAAUUUGUGGGCUUCCUGCCUUAUGAAGCUGAUGCAGAAAUUUUGGCUGUGAAAUUUCACACUACAAUAACUGAGAAGUGGGGCCUAAACAUGGAGUAUUGUCGUGGCCAAGCUUACAUUGUGUCCAGUGGAUUUUCUUCCAAAAUGAAAGUUGUUGCUUCUAGACUUUUAGAGAAAUAUCCCCAAGCUAUCUACACACUUUGCUCUUCCUGUGCCUUAAAUAUGUGGUUGGCAAAAUCAGUCCCUGUUAUGGGAGUAUCUGUUGCACUGGGAACAAUUGAGGAAGUUUGUUCUUUUUUCCAUCAAUCACCACAACUGCUUUUAGAACUUGACAAUGUGAUUUCUGUUCUUUUUCAGAACAGUGAAGAAAGGAGUAGAGAACUGAAGGAAAUUUGCCAUUCUCAGUGGACAGGCAGGCAUGAUGCUUUUGAAAUUUUAGUGGCCCUCCUGCAAGCACUUGUUUUAUGUUUAGAUGGUAUAAAUAGUGACACAAGUAUUAGAUGGAAUAAUUGUAUAGCUGGCCUAGCAUUUGUACUGUGUAGUGCAAUAACAGAUUUUGAUUUUGUUGUUACCAUUGUUGUUCUUAAAAAUGUCCUAUCUUUUACAAGAGCCUUUGGGAAAAAUCUUCAGGGGCAAACCUCUGAUGUCUUUUUUGCAGCCAGUAGCUUAACUGCAGUACUGCAUUCACUCAAUGAAGUGAUGGAAAAUAUUGAAGUUUAUCAUAAGUUUUGGUUUGAGGAAGCCACAAAUUUGGCAACCAAACUUGAUAUUCAAAUGAAACUCCCUGGGAAAUUCCACAGAGCUCAGCAAGGUAACUUGGAAUCUCACCUAACCUCUGAGAGUUACUAUAAAGAAACCCUAAGUGUUCCAACAGUGGAGCAUAUUAUUCAGGAACUUAAAGAUAUAUUCUCAGAACAGCACCUCAAAGCUCUUAAAUGCUUAUCUCUGGUACCCUCGGUCAUGGGACAGCUGAAAUUCAAUACGUCAGAAGAACACCAUGCUGACAUUUACAGAAGUGACUUACCCAAUCCUGACACACUCUCAGCUGAGCUUCAUUGUUGGAGAAUCAAAUGGAAACACAGAGGGAAAGAUAUAGAACUUCCAUCCACCAUUUAUGAAGCCCUCCAUCUGCCUGACAUCAAGUUUUUCCCUAAUGUGUAUGCAUUGCUGAAGGUCCUAUGUAUUCUUCCUGUGAUGAAGGUUGAGAAUGAGCACUAUGAAAAUGGACGAAAGCGACUCAAAGCAUACUUGAGGAACACUUUGACAGACCAAAGGUCAAGUAACUUGGCUUUGCUUAACAUAAAUUUUGAUAUAAAACAUGAUCUGGAUUUAAUGGUGGACACAUAUAUCAAACUCUACACAACUAAGUCAGAGCUUCCUACAGAUAAUUCAGAAACCAUUGAAAAUACCUAAGAGACUUUAAAAAUAAGCUUUCUCUUACGUUUGAUAUUUGGAAGAAUAUCUGUAAGGUGUAUGUAGGCCACUUAACCACUGAAUAUCUUUGCCUCUGGGCCUCCUAUUGAGUACAUUAGCCAUUGAUAAUCUUCCUAUUUAAAUGGCCCCUGUUUGAACUCUCAUGCUUUGAAAACCUAUCUGUUCUUCCAGAAGAUAGCAUUGAAAG